CCUGCACUUGAGGAUGCCAAUACUUCCGGCAAAUUAAAAACCAAUUUGCAAAUCAAAGAGAAUUCCUUGAGAGAGAAGAGGACUCUGAUCAUCUAUCUUCCCUGCAACUGCAAGUUAUGGCAGCACUAGAUUGUACUUCCACUGCCUUCACAAUUGGAUGUUCUAGUUAUGAUGUGUUCCUCAAUUUCAGAGGUGAAGAUACUCGUAAUAAUUUCACUGGAUUCCUCAACUUAAUUCUCAAAGACAAAGGAAUCGAUGUGUUUAUUGAUAGUGAGAAGUUGUGGAGUGGAGAAGCCAUUGGACCAGCCUUGCUUAGAGCAAUCGAUGGCUCCAAAAUCUCUAUCCCUGUCUUUUCUACAGGUUAUGCUCACAGCAAAUGGUGCCUCCUGGAACUUGCUCAGAUUUUUCAAUGCUACAUAUCCAACCGUCAACUGGUCUUGCCCAUAUUCUUCAACGUUGAGCCGUCGCAUGUUCGAAAUCAGACCGGAAGCUUUGAAGAAGCAUUUCGGGAGCACGAGAAGAAUCAUGAGCCCCAUAUCGUAAAGAUUUGGAGGAAAGCUUUGAGAGAGAUAGGAAAUUUGAAAGGAGAAAUUAUUGAUAAAAACAAGAAUCAAGCAGAGAUAGUUGAAUUAAUUGUCAAAAGGGUUCGAGAUGAAGUCUAUAGUAGCACACAUUUAGAAGAAUGUAAAUACCCUAUUGGCAUAGAUUCUCGUGCAAAAGAUCUAUUAUCUCUAUUAAGUGUUGAAUCCUCCAGUGAUGUUAAAUUCAUAGGAAUAUGUGGCUCCCAUGGCAUUGGGAAGUCAACCAUUGUUGAAGCUGUCUAUAAUCGCAUCCUUUCAAGCUUCAAUAGCCACAGUUUUAUUUCAGAUGUUAGCAAACAAGCAAAGGAAUGCAUGGGUCUCAUAUCUUUGCAGAAGAGACUUCUUAAAGAUAUCAUUAAAACAGACUAUGACAUUGGUCAUUAUCGUAGAGGGAAAAAAUUGAUUGAACGGAUACUUUGCAAAGAAAAUGUUCUCCUUGUUCUUGAUGAUGUAGACGAUACAGAACAAGUAGAUGCUUUGGCUAGUGAACUCAAUUGGUUUGGUCAAGGAAGUAGGGUCAUAAUAACAACCAAAAAUAGACAUAUCUUGAAAAAGGCUAAAGUUGAUAAGGACAAAAUCUAUUGCCCCCGAGAGCUAGACCAUGAGGAAUCUCUUCAACUAUUUAGUCUGCAUACAUUUUCAGCAGAUGAACCUCCUCAAGAUUAUAUGCAACUUUCACAUGAUAUGGUAAGCUAUCUGGGAGGAUUGCCUUUAACUAUAGAGAAGUUGGGAUCUUAUCUAUCAGAAAUAAGAAGCAAAGAAGAGUGGACAAGUACAUUGCGAAAAUUGAAAUCACAUAAAAGUUCUAUCUCCCAUCUUAUUGCAUCUUUACGCAAGCAGAGAAACAAUCCUCUGCUUGGUUGGUACCCACAACUUCAUGGAACCAUUGGAUUCAGCAACACUGUUGCCAGAGUAUCUAAAGUCCUGGGAAGACAUCUAGAUCUAAAUGGCCACUCAACUACCUUUAGAGUACUUAGUAAGUGGUUCACAGCAGCAAAGAAUCAAGAUGCGAUAUCAUUCAAGUCCACCACCAGAGGAAAUCUGAAUCCAAUUGGCUCCACAACUACUUACAGAGUUGUUCAGCAGUUUACAAUAGAAAAGAUCCUAGCUGCAACAAAGAAUUUUCAUAAAUCAGGGGUGAUCGGAGUUGGUGGGUUUGGCACAGUUUAUAAGGGUGUACUAGAUGACGGCAAUCUGGCAGCAUUCAAGCGCUGCAAUCUGCAUUCAAAACAAGGCCUGAGAGAAUUUCUGACAGAGAUUGAGAUGCUCUCAAAUCUCAGACAUAAACAUGUGGUUUCCAUGAUUGGGUUUUGCAAUUAUAAGAAUGAGAUGAUUUUGGUGUAUGAGUACAUGGUAAAUGGGAAUCUCAAGAAUCAUCUCUAUGGGAGUGAUCUCCCACCAUUGACAUGGAAGCAGAGAUUAGAGAUUUGCAUAAGUGUUGCAGGAGGACUCCAUUACCUCCACACAGGGCCAGAGAGUGGUAUAAUCCAUAGGGAUGUUAAGACAACCAACAUACUUUUGAAUGAGAAUUUUGUGGCAAAGUUGACUGAUUUUGGGUUGUCAAAAACAGGUCAUUCAUUAGAAGAGACCCAUGUUAGUACUGAUGUAAAGGGAACCAUUGGAUAUCUUGAUCCUGAAUACUUUCGAAGGCAGCAAUUGACUGAAAAGUCCGAUGUUUACUCUUUUGGUGUAGUACUGUUUGAGGUUGUUUGUGCUCGACCGGUUUUUGAUCGACGUUCGCCAGAAGAUCAGGUCAACCUUAAAGAAUGGGCACUCUGUUGGCAAAGACAGAGAUCACUCCAAACCAUUGCAGACCCCUGUCUUGAAGGGAACUACUGUCCAGAAUCAUUGAAGAAAUUUGGGGAGAUAGCAGAGAAAUGUGUUGCCGAUGAAGGUAAGAACCGACCCACAAUGGGGGAAGUGUUGCAGGAUCUGGAGUUCGUCUUACAGCUGCAUGAAGCCUGGUGUGGAAACAAACCUGGGGAAGAACAUUCCACCCAUUCCUCAUUGGUCAGCAAUGAUGAUUCUAACCCUCAAGGUUGGUUAAUCAUUUAGAUAUUACAGUCUUUUUAAAAAUUUCUUCCACUCUGACGCUGAUUAUAUAUGUACUGUGAAAGAACCAUUUGAUAUUUUUAAUCAUUUCUUAUGUCUUUUCUUUGUUUGA